AUGAAAUAUGGGGAAUUAGUGGUUAUCGCCUGCCUCGCCAAUGCUCUCAUGAAGAUGUUCAGAAGCCUCAAUGCCAAGCAAUUCAUUGAGAUUGGCGGAAGCCUCUUAUCAAAGAAAGAUCAUGCUUCCGCUAGUCAAAUUGCUGAUGCUGUUGCUCCUAUUGCAAGUUACGGUGGAGUGAAAACAAAUUAUUGGGAGAUGCAAAGAUUUUUAUCCGCCGAGUCUUCGAGAUUCUGUGCGUACCUGCAUUACGAACUGCAAAAAACUUCAUUACAAGGGAGGCUUUGCGACAUAAACGACCUCUGUACAUGUGACCGUUGA